AAAAAAAAAAAGUAGCAGUCGCCACCCGGGGUGGGAUGCCAUCAGGCAGUCAGCCAGGAGAUUGCACAGUGCGAGGUAACCAGGUGGGACUACAGUGGGUGCUGCUUGUCUCCUGUAUAACGGAAAGUGACGGUGGACUUCGUGCAUUCGAAUGCAUAAGACUGAGCUCUAAAGGCACACAUCUUAGCCUGGAGAACCCUUAACAUAGAAGGUGUCAAGCAUGGGAAGACUCUGUGCACUCAUUCUUCUCUUCUUCGUUUUCGUCUCUUUUGUAACAUCGUCGAAUGUCGUCAAGAGGGCAGCGAAUAUGAACAAAAGCGAGACCUUCUGGGACGAGGAUGAAGAGGACAGAAUUAUGCUCUUUGCAAAUAUGUUGGCGGCAAACAGAGAAAAUACUGACAGGCUUUUCAAUAUUGCCAAGUCCUUGCAAUGGCUGACUGAUGCGACAAACGGCAACCCCAAGGGUGGGGCCUUGAUGCCAUGGUGCUGGACUUCCUACCCCAGAUACUCCAACACGACCUGACCAAACUCGUGGUCCUGACCACCCUUGACGAGGUCUCACGGGUGGAGGUACCCCAGGCGGUGAUGAAGGCCAUUCAGCAGCAAGCCAUUGCUGAAAUCAAGGACCCAAACUCCACACUCGUUCCACAGAGAGUCCAGGCACUGGCCACCCAGUACACCCUUGGCCAUGUCCAGUGGCUCCGGGCGUUGCGAAGAAUCGUCAUGCGCCUCAACCCCAGAGGUUUCUUGCCAGACCCCAGCAAGACCAACAGCACCGUCAACCCGCAGUGCUUCAGCGACACCAUGGACUUCGUCAACGCCAUCGCCGGGACUCAGAUGAUGACCGACAACCCCAUGGACCUCAACUUCACGGACUACGGUUGGGUCGUGUCGAUGCUGGACAGCUUCGGCAAACCGUCGGGUGGGAUCCUGAAGGGUGCGGUGCACUUCGUGGGCUCGUAUGAGGAGUGUCACAGCGUGCAUGCAUACAUACCCGCCCACCCAAACAUGACCCUUGGCUCCGUGCCCCACAACUACGUCACUGAGUUCGACACGCGCUUCUGUCGGGUGACCUUUAACCUCCCCGACAGCUUCACGAAGGGUCUUGGAGUGGACACACGUGGCAUCACCCUGCGUCUUCACUGGGGAAUGUGUUUCCCGGCAACGUGCCACAGCAGUGACGUGGCGUCCAUGAUGGAGUGGCAGUUCUUAGAGAGUUACAACUUCACUGUCCACACUGUCAUGUGUGCUGAAGAGGACAAGCUGGAGGAGGACGCAUCCGCCAUUGUGGCCAUGAUACACAUCUAUUGGCAAGCCAGUGCCUGUCCCAGGGUUGCCAUGCGUCUGGUCAAAGCGUUUUCCAUGGUGACCAACAUGCCCAAGAUUCUGAGUGGCAAGAAAAGUGCCAACUCCAUUCACUGUCUCCAUGGCAUCCGCUUCUUCUCCAUCAUGUGGAUCAUCCUCGGCCACACUUACAACUACGGAGUUAUCAAUGUCACUGAAAAUCCAACCACAGAGAACCUGGUUGAUGCCGACAAGUUCUUCAAGCGCUUUACCUACCAGGGUGUCAUGGCGGCCGGUUUUGGUGUAGACACAUUUUUUCUUCUCAGCGGUUUCCUUGUCUGUUAUCUGACCAUGAAGGACCUGGCCAAGGGAAAAAACAAUCGUUUUUACUGGGUGAUGUUCUACGUUCACAGGUUCUGGAGGCUGACUCCCAUCUACAUGAUCGUGUUGAUGAUGUUCGGGUGUCUGUACACUUACCUUGGCAAGGGGCCACUGUGGCCUGAAAACCUGCCGACCGCCUCCAACUGUAAGGACAACUGGUGGACCAACCUUCUGUAUGUCAACAACUUCGUCUAUGUCGAUGAUCCGUGCAUGGGGUGGUCCUGGUACCUGGCUAACGACAUGCAGUUUUACUGGAUUUCUCCUAUCUUCCUUCUGCCUCUCUUCUACAUAGGUUCUGUUGGCGUCACCGGCAUUCUCAUGCUGGCGGCCGGAGGAAUGGCUUCAGCAUUUUACCAGGAGUGGAAAUACCGAGGAGACCUGUUCUCGAUGCACGAGGACUUGGGGUUCUGGGACGAGGUGUACAUCAAGCCCUGGUGCCGUGUGUCGGCCUACUGCGUGGGGCUGCUGCUGGGCUACAUCUUCUACAAGAAAAAGAAUUCCACUAUUAGGCUGUCUGUAGCAGUUAUUGGCUGGCUGUGGACGUGGGCUGUGGGUUUUCUCCUGUGCUACAUCACCUUCAGCAAGCGGCGAGUGGAUGGCGAGGACUGGCCGCGCUGGUUCGAGUCUGCGUACGAGGCUUUCGGCAGGCCGUUGUGGGCAUUGUGUGUGGCCUGGAUUAUCUACGCCUGUCAUUACAACAGGGGAGGGUUCAUCAACUCUAUCUUAAGCUGGGAAGGUUUCCUCCCCUUGUCACGCCUGACUUACGCCGCUUACCUGCUGCAUCCCAUCAUAAUGAUGCUGCAUGCUUUCAGCUGGAAAUCCUUGAUCUACAUCGACGACUUCAACAUGAUAUACCUGUUCAUGGGCCACACCGUGACGACCUUCUUGACUGCCUUCUUUUUCUCCACCUUGUUCGAGGCACCUGCCCUGGCACUGGAAAAGCUCGUCUUCCGCCUCCACUGAAAGUGCGAUCGUUUGAAGAUAGAUAACACAGACAAGUGUGAAGACGAUAUGCACCCUGAUCGUCACAUCCUCUGUCAGUUCAACUUGGGUUUGGUCAGGGUGGGAAGGAUGGAAUAAUAUGACAGCUUUCAAUUGCCUGAGUUCCUUUUGUUAAAAUUGCUCAUCAGCUGAGGGCAAUAUGAUAAUAAAAAACUUAGAACUGAAAUUAGAAAGAUGGUGUUUCCUUACCAGGUAAAAGAAAGCUACAAAUGUUGACCAUUUACUAAAAAAGUUUGAAAAUCUUCGCCUUUUAUUAGCAACCCUAGUCAUCAAAGUAUUUUUGAGAACGAAAAGAUUAAUGAUUGUCUCUAUAUGAGAUUUAUUUUCGUCUGGUACUGUCUCCUAACAUAUACAUUAAUACACUGGGAAUAAUUGAGUAGAGGUAGGAUGUUUUAGAAGCCUUUUUUGUGAAACAAGCCCUGGAUCCUUCUGAUGAACAAACAAACUGGAAAAAUGUAUUCUGAACAAAACUGUUUAAGAAUAAAUAAAUGUGUCACAAAUUCUGUACAAACUGUGUGAUGGACUAGAUCUGUGUUGUUUUAAUGUCUUCAGAAAUGUGUAAACUGUUAUUAUGUAUCAUUCACAGAUGAAACGUUGAGAGAAAGUUGUGUGUAGCUGUAGUCUAGUGGUUUGUUGUCAUUUUGUGUAAUAGUGUGUCAACUAGCAUGGUACAUGCACUGAUGUUUGUACAAACUGUGUGCAUCAUUGUGUAUCAGUCAGCACGUGCAAUCUGAUAUGUCAGGCUUACUGUGUAACAUGAUGUUAAGAGGAGUUAACGAUAACAAUGUGUAGACUACAGCAGCAAUGAGAAUGACCAUUAGGGAGCUAAAUAGUUGAGCAAGAAAAUCAUACAAUGUAAAUAUUU